AUGGCGGCCUCCCCGGUGAAGUUCCUGUUCGGGUUCCUCAUUGCUUGCAUCACAUUGUGGCUGUUCUUCAUAUUUGCCUCUAGGUUGGUGGCUUGGAUUUUAAGCCGCGUUGUUGGAGCAUCAGUUGGAUUUCGGGUUGGUGGAUGGAAGUGUUUAAGAGAUGUUGUAGUGAAGUUCAAAAAGGGUUCAGUUGAAUCUGUAUCAGUUGGUGAAAUUAGAGUCAGCAUACGUCAAUCAUUGGUCAAACUUGGUGUUGCUUUCAUAUCGAAGGACCCUAAGUUGCAAUUGCUGAUAAGUGACCUGGAAAUUGUUUUGAGGCCAUCUAUCAAGGGCACCAGUAAGAAAACUAGAACUCGCAGUGGAAGAUCACAGAAAAAUCCAGGAAGGGGAAAGUGGAUGGUCUUAGCUAAUGUAGCCAAAUUUCUGUCAGUCUCUGUUACCGAUUUGGUUGUGAAGACACCCAAAGCUACAGUUGAAGUUAAGGACCUGCGAUUGGGUAUAUCCAAAGAUGGUGGUUCUAGUCCUAAUCUGUUCAUUAAGCUACACAUAUUACCUAUUUUCGUCCACAUGGGUGAACCACGAUCGAGUUGUGACCAACCAGCGAACUCUAACAAUAGAGAGUCUACUUCGGGCGAAUUGUCAUUUGGUUCAAUGGAGAGGUCUUCGGCUCCUUUUAGCUGUGAUGAGUUUUUCCUCUCAGUGGAAUUUGGUCAUGAUAGGGAGAAGGGUAUAGUUAUCCAAAAUGUGGACAUUCGUAGUGGAGAGGUUAGCGUGAACCUGAAUGAGGAGCUGCUCUCAAAAAAGAAGAGUUCUUCAAGUUCAAAUGCGGCCAAAGAUAAAGGUCCAGUCCCUGACUCUGUAGUGACUAAAGAUCCGGAGAAAAAGAAUUCUGCAGUUGUGGCAGUGUCUAAGUACACUUCCAUGAUUCCAGAUAAGAUAUGCUUCACGCUGCCGAAACUGGAUGUAAGGUUUCUGCAUCAAGAGCAUAAUCUUCUUCUGAAGAAUAACAUAAUGGGCUUCAAAUUCAAAUGCUUGAAAUCACCAUCUACUGAGGACGUUGAGAGCACGCGCCUUGAUAUUCAGAUGGAUUUCUCUGAGAUGCAUCUGCUGAGGGAGGCUGGGUGUUCUGUAGUGGAAAUACUGAAAGUUGAUCUGGUUACAUUUAUUUAUGUGCCAAAAGAGCCCAACUCUCCAAUUCGAGCCGAAAUUGAUGUUAAGCUGGGAGGUACUCAAUGCAACAUCAUAGCAAGCAGGUUAAAACCAUGGUUACAUCUCCAAAACUCAAAAAAGAAAAAGUUGGUGCUUCGAGAAGAGGUGCCUUCUCCUCCAAAGCCACAAUCAACUGAAUCCAAAGCAAUUAUGUGGACUUGCACAGUUUCAGCCCCUGAGAUGACUCUUCUUCUUUACAGUGUCAAUGAUUUACCUCUGUAUCAUGGAUGUGCACAAUCAUCACAUGUUUUUGCAAAUAACAUAUCGGACAUGGGAACUACCGUGCACAUGGAACUCGGCGAACUCAAUUUGCACAUGGCAGAUGAAUAUCAAGAAUGCUUGAAAGAGAGCCCAUUUAUUGUGGAAUCAAAUUCAGGUGCAUUAUUGCAUGUACCAAAGGUCAUUCUGGACUGGGGCAAAAAGGAGACUGAACCGUCCGAAGAAGAUGGCAGUAAAUGUAAAUUAGUUCUUUCUAUUGAUGUCACUGGUAUGGGCAUUCAUUUGAACUUCAAGCGCUUAGAAUCACUUGUUGUUACUGCUGUCUCCUUUCAAGCUCUUGCCAAAAGUCUCUCUCCUGGUAAAAGAACAACACAGAGUCGAGGUGGAAGGCCAUCUAAGUCCUCCGGAAAAGGGGCUCAAAUUCUCAAAUUCAAUCUUGAAAGGUGUUCUGUGAAUAUAUCUGGUAAUUCAGGCUUGGAAAACACAGUUGUCGCUGAUCCCAAGCGUGUCAAUUAUGGAUCACAAGGCGGGAAAUUAAUAAUUACCAACUCUGCCGAUGGCACACCACGGACAGCGGAGGUGAUAUCCACAGUUUAUGGUGACCACAAGAAGGUGGAUUACUCUGUCUCCCUUGACAUCAUCCAUUUCAGUGUCUGUGUGAAUAAGGGAAAGCAAUCUACCGAGGUGGAAAUUGAAAGGGCAAGAUCAACAUAUGAGGAACAGUUGGAGGAGCACAAGAUUGAUUCAAAAGUUACAUUGUUUGAUAUACAGAAAGCUAAAUAUGUGAGACGAGCUGGUGGUCUUAAAGGAGUGGCUGUGUGUUCUCUUUUCAGUGCUAUGGAUAUUGCCAUUGGUUGGGAGCCUGAUCUGCAGAUUUCACUGGUUGAACUUAUGCUAAGAUUGAAGGCUGUAGCUCACAACCAGAAGCUUAAGGUAAGUGAAACUGAACACAUGGAAGAUUCAUCUAGUGUGAAAGAUGCUGAACACAAGAAAGAAACCACAAUAGAAUCAGAAAACACUGAUAAACAUAGGAAAAAGGAAUCUAUUUUCGCUGUUGAUGUGGAAAAGUUGACCAUAUCUGCUGUGGCUGGAGAUGGAGUUGAUGCAAUGGUGCAGGUUCAAUCAAUUUUCUCAGAGAAUGCUCGUAUAGGGGUACUUCUUGAAGGACUUCUUGUCAGAUUCAAUGGGACCAGAGUUGUGAAAAGCAGCAGAAUGCAAAUUUCACGUAUUCCAAGUGCUUCCACCAGAUCAUCCGAUCCAAAAGUGCCAUCUGUCACGUGGGAUUGGGUGAUUCAAGGACUCAAUGUACAUAUAAGCCUGCCAUACAGGUUGGAAUUGCGUGCCAUUGAUGAUUCUGUCGAGGAAAUGUUGCGUGCUUUGAAGCUUGUAACAGCUGCUAAAACACAACUUAUAUUUCCCAUCAAGAAAGAGACAUCAAAGCCGAAAAAGCCAAGUUCAACGAAAUUCGGAUGUGUAAAGUUUUUCAUACGUAAACUCACUGCUGAUAUCGAGGAGGAACCAAUGCAGGGUUGGCUUGAUGAACAUUAUCAUCUGAUGAAGAAUCAGGCAUCUGAACUGGCUGUUAGGUUAAAUUUUCUCGAUGAGUGUAUCUCCAAGGCUAUAGAUUGCUUCAAAGCUUCAGAAGGAAAUGAUUCUACUAACGAGGAAAAGUUUAUGUACAAUGGAGUCGAAAUUGAGAUGCAAGAUACUUCAGCUAUCCAGAAACUGCAGGAUGAAAUUUAUCAGCAGUCAUUUAGAUCAUAUUAUGAGGCAUGCCAGAAGCUGGUAUCUUCGGAAGGUUCAGGUGCAUAUAAAGAAGGGUUUCAAGCGGGUUUCAAGCUAAGCACUUCAAGAACUUCUCUGCUUUCGAUUUCUGCUGCGGACUUAGAUUUAACUUUAACAAAGAUUGAUGGUGGGGAUGAUGGGAUGAUAGAGGUUGUUAAGAAGCUUGACCCAGUUGCUCUUGAUAACAAUAUACCAUUUUCUCGACUCUACGGGAGCAAUAUUCUUUUGCGAACAGCUUCGCUCAUUGUUCAGUUGAGAGAUUACACGUAUCCACUUCUUGGUGCUACAUCUGGUAAAUGCGAAGGCCGUCUGGUACUUGCCCAACAGGCCACACCCUUCCAGCCCCAAAUGCAACAAGAUGUCUUUAUAGGGAGAUGGAGAAAGGUUUGCAUGCUCCGUUCAGCUACUGGUACUACUCCUCCGAUGAAAUCAUACUUCGAUUUGCCAUUGCAUUUUCAGAAAGGAGAAAUAUCUUAUGGAGUUGGCUAUGAGCCACCGUUUGCGGAUGUUAGCUAUGCUUUUACUGUGGCACUUCGCAGGGCUAACCUUAGUGUCAGAAAUCCAGGUCCAUUAGUUGUACCUCCAAAAAAGGAGCGUAGCCUACCUUGGUGGGAUGAUAUGAGGAACUACAUUCAUGGACAGAUCACCUUGUCCUUUUCUGAAACUCUGUGGCAUGUUCUUGGUACCACUGAUCCUUAUGAAAAGCUCGACAAAGCUCAAAUAAUAUCAGGUUUCAUGGAGAUUCAGCAGUCAGAUGGGCGUGUGUUUAUGUCCACCAAGGAUUUCAAGGUUUUCAUGAGCAGUUUAGAUAAUUUGGCCCACAGGUGUGGCUUCAAACUUCCUUCUGGUGUAUCUCAAGCAUUACUUGAAGCCCCAACGUUUACCCUUGAAGUGACAAUGGAAUGGGAAUGUGACUCUGGCACCCCGAUGAAUCAUUAUCUAUUUGCAGUCCCUAUUGAAGGAAAACCUCGUGAAUUUGUCUUUGAUCCUUUUCGAUCUACGUCAUUGGCCUUACGUUGGAACUUCGCUCUUAGACCACCACUUCCUUGCUCAAAUGAAUCAUCUUCUUCCACGGGCAACAGUAAAAGUGAUGGUGCUGUUCCCAAUCUCCCUCUGAAGCCUGAUAAUGUUUCAUAUGUUCCGCCCACGUUGACUGUUGGGGCUCAUGACCUGGCAUGGCUGAUUAAGUUCUGGAAUUUGAACUAUCUUCCACCUAAUAAGAUACGUACCUUCUCCCGUUGGCCUCGGUAUGGUGUUCCAAGAAUUGUGCGGUCUGGUAAUUUAUCACUAGACAAGGUCAUGACGGAAUUCUACCUUCGUAUAGAUGCUUCACCUACUUGCAUAAAGAAUCGUCCAAUGCAUGAUGAUGAUCCAGCAAAAGGACUCACAUUUAAUAUGUCGAAGGUGAAAUAUGAAGCCUGUUACGGUCGGGGUAAGCAAAAGUUCACUUUUGAAAGCAUUCGUGGCCCUCUUGAUCUCGUCUACAUGGGAGUUGAUCUCCAUGUUCCUAAGGCUGUCAUAAAUAGAGAAGAUUCAACCAGUGUUGAAAAAGUUAUACAGGCGAACAAGAAAAAUUCUCAAACUUCGACUAUGGAAAGAGUUCCAAGUGAAAAGCACAAUAAUAUGACUAGUUGCACUGAGAAGCACCGAGAUGCUGGCUUUCUUUUAUCCUGUGCGUAUUUUACUAUCAGAAGGCAGUCACCAAAAGCUGAUGCGUCAAAACUAUUGGCUUGGCAAGAGGCUGGAAGAAGAAAUGCUGAGUUGACAUAUGUGAGAUCUGAAUUUGAUCAUGGCAGUGAUAGUGAUGAACGCUCUGAUCAUAGUGAUGAUGAUGGUUAUAAUGUUAUAAUAGCUGACAAUUGUCAGCGUAUUUUUGUUUAUGGUCUCAAGAUUUUAUGGAAUCUCGAAAAUAGGGAUGCUGUUUGGUCUUUUGCUGGUGGACUUGGUAAAGCAUUUGCACCCCCUAAGCCUUCUCCAUCUCGGCAGUAUGCACAGAGGAAAUUGCUUGAGGAAAGCCAAGCACCUGCCAAAGCUGAAGUAUCUCAAGAUGAUACCUCUCAGACCCCACCUACUAGUCAAAAUGAACAUUCCAUCCCUGAACCUGAACCCGUGGAGACAUCAGGAUCUACUUCACCUCCUUCAAAUCCAAUUAAAUUAGAGAAUUUCUCAUUUCCUGCUAUUGCAAAUGCUAGCAAGGACGAGACCGAGGGAGAAGGAACUCGUCAUUUCAUGGUGAAUGUGAUUGAGCCACAAUUCAAUCUUCAUUCUGAAGAGGCAAAUGGUAGGUUUCUACUUGCUGCUGUUAGUGGUCGUGUUUUAGCUCGGUCGUUUCAUUCAGUCCUCCAAGUUGGACAUGAGAUUAUUGAGCAGGCAUUAGGAACAGGAGAUGUGCAACUUCCAGAAACUGUACCUGAGAUGACAUGGAAGCGAAUGGAAUUGUCAGUUAUGUUAGAACAUGUUCAGGCUCAUGUUGCGCCAACUGAUGUUGAUCCAGGGGCUGGACUCCAGUGGCUUCCGAAAAUCCGUAGAAGUUCCCCAAAAGUAAAGCGCACUGGCGCUCUGCUAGAAAGAGUUUUUAUGCCUUGUGAUAUGUAUUUCAGGUAUACAAGACACAAAGGAGGGACUCCAGAGUUAAAGGUCAAACCAUUGAAAGAGCUUACAUUCAAUACUCAUAACAUAACAGCAACAAUGACGUCUCGACAAUUUCAAGUCAUGCUGGACGUCUUGACAAAUCUCCUCUUUGCACGGCUACCAAAGCCUAAAAAGAAUAGUCUGUCACUUCCUACUGAAGAUGAGGAAGACAUGGAAGAGGAAGCAGACGAGGUUGUUCCGGAUGGGGUUGAAGAGGUUGAACUUGCAAGAAUUGACUUCGAAAGAGCAGAGCAGGUGCUGAAAGUGUUCUUUGAUGACAUCAGGUCACUUUCUCUAGAUUGUGGCACAUCUCCAGAUUCAUCCGCCAGAACAGAAGAUGACUUCUGGAUGAUAAGUGGUGGAAGAUCUGCUUUGGUACAAGGUCUGAAGAGAGAGGUCAUUAAUGCAAAAAAGUCCCGUAAAGAAGCAUCUUCAGCAUUAAGAGUGGCUCUACAAAAAGCUGCACAGUUGCGGUUGAUGGAGAAGGAGAAGAAUAAGAGUCCAUCCUAUGCUAUGCGAAUAUCUUUGCAGAUUAAUAAAGUUGUGUGGAGCAUGCUUAUAGAUGGCAAACCUUUUGCAGAGGCUGAGAUAAAUGAUAUGAUUUUUGAUUUUGAUCGGGACUACAAGGAUGUUGGUGUUGCUCUAUUUACAACCAAGGUGGUUGUUGUGAGGAACUGUCUCCCCAACACAAAGUCUGAUAUGGUUUUGUCCCCAUGGAAUCCUCCACCAGAUUGGGGAAAAAAAGUCAUGCUGCGUGUGGAUGCCAAACAAGGAACACCAAAGGAUGGGAAUUCUCGUAUUGAACUUUUCCAGGUGGAGAUAUAUCCUUUGAAAAUUCACUUGACAGAGACUAUGUACAGAAUGAUGUGGACUUAUUUCUUUCCCGAAGAAGAGCAAGAUUCACAACGCCGGCAGGAAGUCUGGAAAGUUUCAACUACUGCUGCUGCAAGACGUCUUAAGAAGGGCAUGUUAACCAGUGAAGCUCCGUCGACGUCCAGCCAUGGAGGGAAGGAACCUGAUAUUUUAUCCAAGUUGACUGGCAGCACUGGCAACAUGCUGAGGAGGACUUCUUCUUUUGACAGAACAUGGGAGGAAACUGUUGCUGAAACUGUUGCAAAUGAGCUUUUGCAAGCUCAUGGAUCCAGCGUUUCUUCUGCAAAAAAUGAGCCUCUUGCGAUCGAAGCAGCAGAUGAUAAAAAUAAGUCAAAAGAUCCGAAGGCUAUUGUAAAGUCUGGCCGGCCAUCUCAAGAAGAGAAGAAGGUGGUGAAGACCCAAGAUGAAAAGAGAUCUCGUCCUCGUAAAGUGAUGGAAUUCCAGAAUAUCAAGAUCAGUCAGGUUGAGCUCCAAAUCACAUAUGAAAGCUCAAGAUUUAAUCUACAUGAGCUUAAGCUGCUGAUGGAUACGUUUCACCGUGUUGAGUUCACUGGAACUUGGAGGAGGUUGUUCUCUCGAGUUAAGAAGCAUGUUGUCUGGGGAACUCUGAAAUCCGUGACUGGAAUGCAGGGAAAGAAAUUCAAGGACAAGGGACAUGGCCAGAAAGAGCCUAUUGCUCCUCCAGCUGUCCCGGACAGCGACCUUAAUCUCAGUGAUAAUGAAGGUCAGGCAGGGAAACCGGAUCAGUACCCUAACUUCUUAAAACGUCCAGCCGAUGGAGCAGCAGCAGGUGAUGGAUUUGUGACUUCCAUGAAGGGUCUCUUCAGCACACAACGCCGCAAGGCAAAGGCUUUUGUGCUGCGGACAAUGAGAGGUGACGAGAACGAAUUCCAGGGUGACUGGAGCGAGAGUGACGCUGAAUUCUCCCCCUAUGCUCGACAGCUCACCAUAACCAAAGCAAAGAGGCUUAUAAGGAGACACACUAAGAAAUUCAGGUCGAAAAAAGGGUCUGGGCAACAGCAAGACUCAAUUCCAUCAUCUCCGCGAGAAACUCCAUUUGAGAUUGAGAGCGAUUCUUCCAGCGGAUCUUCACCUUCGUUUGAGGAUUUCCCGGAAGGGUUUGAAGUUCAAGGGCAAGCACCUUAA